GAUAUUCAUUGCAUGACAAACAUUUGGAGGGACGGAAGUUUUUCUGCCUUUUAGCAGUAGAAAUGGUUUUAAGACAAGUGCGUUGGUGGGUGUGUCGGCGGAGGGGCUCUGCCAUAUGGGCCCUGAUGAUGGUCAUCGGGACAUUGAUGCUCAUUUACCUAACCCAAAACCGCUUCACUUUUUCAGAGCUGACCCCUACGCCAGAAGAAAAGAUUUAUCAAGAGUCCACAUCAAGUGGAAAGAAAAGUAGUAUCCUGAAGGACACAAAGGAUCUGCCAGUGGAGGAUGGGUUUUCACGAGCUGAGUAUCUACGGAGCGCGUGUAAGAACAACAUACAUAGAUCGGGGAAAAGAAAGGUCCGAGUAAGUUUCGACCCGCAUGUUAACGCCGUGUACUGUCCGCUGUGUAAGAUCGCUUCCACCUUCUUGACAAGAAUGUUCCGAAUGAUAGCGUUAAUAACAGGGGUUUACCAAACGGGACAGUGUACACCCCUUUUGACGUUCCUAUCUCAGAUGCACCUCCUUCCACAGAUAAUUUGGACCUUAACAAGUGGACUGUCGGCAACAAAGAUGCAAGUAACAGUUUUCGGUUUAUGUUUGUAAGGAGUCCAUUUGAUAUGCUCUUUUCAGCUUACGUUGAUAAAUUUGUUGGACCUAAUCCGUAUUUCAAUCGGUUUUCACGAGAUAAGAAUAACCAAUGUGGAUAUGCGAAUUUUUCAUUUCGACAACUGCUGGAAUAUGUGAUUAUCACGGAUAAGAAGAAACAAACUCUCGACUGCCAUGUUGCCAAGUGGGAUGCGUGUUUACCAUGUGAAGUAAACUAUACAUAUAUAGGCAAAAUGGAAACGUUCAAAGACGAUAUCACAAGUAUAUUGUCAGCUCUUCGGCAGUUCAAGAGUCUGGAUGCAAUGGAAGCUAAGUCCUCUAACCUUCAUGCUGAUGACGCUAUACAGGAUUCGGUCUCUGGACCUUAUGAAUGGCGGAAGGACAUUGUAAAGUGCAUGUCAUGGCCAGAUGCUCUGCGUAGAAUCUGGCGAAAGUUGCAGAUCCGAGGAGUAAUAGGGACCAAGGGCUUUUCGCUCUCCGAGUUUGAGGCAGAGUCUAUUAAUAAGACUGAUUACAUCAACGUUCUUAAGAAAGUUAGGGAGAAAAGCACAGCAAACGAAAGACAUAUGAUGAAGCAGUUAUCUUACAUUGAAGCAUACAGGAAUAUUCCUGAGGAAUUAUUAGACAGUAUUAAACAUGUAUAUAGAAAUGAAUUUAAUUUAUUCAAUUUUAGCAAUGAUACUAAAAUAUUUCGCCAGUCGGAUCAAUACAAUGCAAUAGGUUUUUUUAAUUACUCGAACAUCGAAAGUAAUAUUUUGUUGCAUACUAUGGAUUAAGUUAACUUUCUUUCAAAAAGCAUUCGUAGGAAAUUAAACACAAAAUAUUGUGCAUUGCAUUGUUAUAACAGCAUACUGAUCACUUCUGACGCAUACCUCAAAACAAAAUCAGACUAACAUAAAAUAAAGUCAGACAUCAAUAUCAUCGAGUUAAAACUGAUCUGUAAAAGUUCACUAAUAAGAUUUGUCGCUUAUUUAAUACAGCAAUAUUCAAGAACGUUUGUGAGGAAACAGUUAGAGCGAAUCAGCAGCCAAUUGUUUAAAACUGGUUAAUUCUGUGAUUUAGUCAAAGCUAGCCAAAAACUGAAUUGCUUGGUCAAUAUUUAUUUAAUAAUUACUAUUAAAAACCAACAUAUGUGUGCAGUUUAGCAACACUCAUCAUGAACAAUAUAUACAACACUCUAAAUAACAAUCUACCUCAAACAAUAAAUGAAUAAAAGUGGCAGAAAUUAGUUAAGGGACCAUAUUUAAUACAAAAAGAGCAAUUCUGUUGAAUAUUAUUAUAAAUUGAUAGUGCUCUCAAAAUAAAGUUAAGAUGUUCAGAAGCUGUAUUUCAAUUUUAAACGGGGCGAUACGAAACGCUUGGCCUGAAUGAUCGUCUUUGUUUUGCCGCUUUAUGAUAAUAUUGAGUCAGAAACUCGAGUGUUAAUAUAGUAAACUUUAUGGUACUACAUGCAUUCUAUAUUUAGAAAAACAAAUACAACCAAAACAUUAUUUCAAACUAUUUCGGAUAUAGAUAAGCUGUCUUUUAUACAGUCAAAUAAUAGACAAGGCUAUGCCAGAACCUGCAACUCUAUUCUUAUGCUUUUUAACUUUUAACAUUUUGUUAUUUUACUAAAAGCUACAACUAAGUGCUUAUCAGUUUAUGGCUGGUCUGACCACAGUGAUAAUGAAAGUGACAUAUUUUACUUCCAUUUUAAUGAUACAUGUCACUCAUGAUGAUAGAACACGUUAUUUUGAGUAUUUUAGUUUCCUUGUUGUAUUCCAAGAUUUUUCAUCUAUUUCUA